CGGAUUCGAGGAGUGAACAGGACUCGCUAUAGUUCAACUUUGGAGGAUAAGACCCCUGUCAAGCACGCCAAAGUCACCAAGGUUCUUGGCCGUACCGGCUCCCGCGGUGGUGUCACCCAGGUCAAGGUUGAAUUGCAAGAGGACCCCUCUAACCCCAGCAGCAUCCGCAACGUUAUCCGUAACGUCAAGGGUCCCGUCCGUGAGGGCGAUAUCCUCUGCCUCAUGGAGUCUGAGCGUGAGGCCCGUCGUCUCCGUUAAAAGGACUGUGUUGUUAAUUUGAUAAGCAGCAGGAAUAAACCAGAAAAGUCAGCAAAAAGAAAAUCCACAUCGCUUAUUGCUAUAUGCCUUUUUAUUCAAAAACUAUCUCUUCACGAGUAAGAUUUUACUGCAUCAGAACCGUAGCAACCGUAUC